UAUGAGGAAAUUAAGCGCGCUCCCGGCAGCAGCCGCUGCUCCAACUUGUGUGCGCGGGGUGCUGCGUUUGUUCUUGUGGUGAUGUCUUAGGGGUUUUUUUGGUGGUUGUUUUUUUUUUUUUCUCUUGUAAUCCCUUCUGCAGAGUGGUCACCCUGUCCUCCCUUUCCUCAGGCUACAGUGAAUUGGGAGAUCUGGUUGCCUCCUAGUAUUUUCAUCAUCUUGGAUCUGAGAUAAAAUGGAAAUACCAGAUCUCUUGCUAUGUCAAGCAAAUAGGUGACUCCUUGAGGCCUGUCCUACAACAACAAAAUUAAACCCUUCAAAUGCCCCGUAUCCACUUCUGUCAUACAAAAUCUCCCUAUGGUGGAAAAAAGUGAAGCAAACCAGUAAUAUUGUAGCCAGCAUGAACUAUGUUCCAGAAGUUCUCAUCUGCUCAAUCUGGGCUGAGGAUAAUUGUUUGCUGUGUAGAAAAUAUUUGGAAAUAUGGUGCCAAAUCGGUCACUCCUCUUUUUAAUGCAAAACUCCUUCAUGUACUUAACAUGGCAUCAAGACUUCAUCAAAAAGUUGCUUUAAAAGAUGGAAAAACUCAGUGUAAGAAGAUGCAUGUAAUGCUGAACAGCCCUGUGGGAAGAAUUGAAAUAUCUGGAUGUGGAACAGGUGUACAUGAAAUACAAUUUAAGGAAAAUGUUCUGUCACAAAACAGGACUAAGGAAGCCUCAGUUACUUGUGAGGUAUGCGAAGGCCCAGAGGAAAUGACAGAACCACUGAAACAGUGCACAGCCUGGCUUCAGGCCUACUUCUGUGAGCCCUGGAUGACCGAGAAACUUCCUAUGCCUCCCUUUCACCAUCCAGUUUUUGAACAAGAUUCAUUCACCAGACAAGUGUUACGGACCCUGUUGAGAGACGUGAAAUUUGGAGAGGCAGUUUCUUACAAGCAAUUAGCAGACCUGGCAGGCAACAGCAAAGCAGCAAGAGCAGUGGGAGGAGCAAUGAGAAGCAAUCCUGGGAAAAAGCAGGAAUUUUCACACCACAACCUGCUGUUACCUCUACUUUGGAUGCUGCUGCUCCACUGCAGCCUGAGGGCAAAGCUGGGUACAUUUCUAGGCAAUAGCAAUUACAUAUCCUUUUGCACAAAACUACAUUGUUAUUCUUUGAGAACUGUUUCCUGUAGGUUUGCAUUGUAUUGCCUUGUCUUAAUGUACACCAUACUGUAUUGGAAAGCAAUCUAUCAUAUUAAAAUAAGUUGUAUUGUCAAGUACAGCACAACAUAUUGACAAAACAUGGUAUCAUACUGUGGUUGUAGAUUGUUUCAUAUGAAAGUCUCAUGUGCACUUACAAAAUCCUUAAUAUACUUUUUGUAUUGCAUUUGCAAACUUUACAAACACAACAUCAGACCUAGUAUAUUUGACUAUACAUUAGCUAAGUGUUUAAAAUUUGCAUUUUUUCAAUGAGGGAGGGUAAUGAAGUUUUAAAUCUAACUAAACGCAGUUCAUCCAUUUUGACAUAGUAUUAAAUAUUUUGGUGAAAUUGCAGGUUGAGUCCUUACAAGCACUACUGCAUUACAACUGCUACAUGAAUAAUAUACAUGUCUUUAUUAAGAUGGAAAUGCCCUUUUGAGUAAUCAUAGCUUUUGUAUAAUGUGCCAAAAAUGCAUAAAUCAGUUGCUUUUACAGCAUUCUGAAGAGCUAAUUGUUGUUAUUGUGUGUCCCCCAAUGUGUCCUGAGUUUAAGGAUAUGCCUGAAAAGAAAGUGUGCAGUUUCAAAAGCCACUAUGAGUAAACAGAUUUUUGUAAAUAACAUAGUGGUUUCAAGUUUAGUGAAUACAGACUAUAAUCCUUAAUGUACCAGCUAUGCAAAAUACUUACCACAAUAUAUGACAUCAGCACUUGUUGGCACAUAUUAUCUGGUUAAUGACAGUUGACUGGUACUAGUAACAGUAUUCAGAAACAUGUAUUGUUUUGCAACCUGUCUGAUGAAUCUAUUCUUACACUAUUAAUCUCCAUAAAUGUGCCUGUCCAAAUAUGACCAAAGUCACUAAAAUUAUAAAACAUGAUUUCCUGAGGGUUGUCAGUUGUAUUAUCACUAGAAACAAGGGUUUAAAAAACAGAACUAUAUGUAAAAACCUACCAUGACUGAAAUCAAAAGUAAUAAUAAAAAAAUGUAUGCCAUAUAUUUUCCACCACCUAACAAAAUACUUCUCUCUUCUACAAAUCAUGUCUGGUUGGUGCUUAAUUUCAGUAGUAUACAUUGUACAAGUUUCCUUUGUAGUUAGGUUGCUUCACAUAAUUCAUACAAUGACCUUCAACUUUAUGAGAAGGUGGAAAAGGUGCCGGCAGCAGCUGAGAGAUGCAACAUCUUUGCUUCAAAUUAUGCCAAGGACAUGGCAGGGAUGGCUCACCUUUUGCAAGAAAAACUUCAAAUAGUUUACUGCAGUUUAGAUUGAUUGUUAGGUCUGUGGUCCUCAAAGGGAACCCAUAAAGUUCAAUUAAAAAUCUCAUUAGAAUACUAUAGGAGGAUCAAAAAGAAAUCACGGAGACUCAUGGGAGAUACGGAAUGUUGGGCUGAUUAGUCCAAGGCCAUCAUAAAUGACUAUUCUAUGACUUAAAUAAGAUGUCUUCAGUGGUCUGUUAACAGCAGCAAUAACUGUAUAAAGUCUCUUUAUAUUCUUUCUGCUUAUGUUAUUGUUCAGGCUAAAACCUAACUAAGUGUAUAACUUGACACUAAUAUCGAUCUAACAUAAGUCAAGAAUAUUAUUCAACCCACAUUUUUGAAAUAUUCAAGACUGAAUAGAGUAAUUGUGCAUUUAAGAGAAGAUCGUGAAGUAUGGAUUUGAAAUGUUGCAAAUGCAUAAAACUAGUUGUGCAUUAAUUCCUUAGGUGGCUGGCAAUAAACUUGAACACAUGCUGGUUCAUAUUAUAGUAUUUGUUUCUAUCAGGGAAUAGGGGAGAAAAAGCAAUGGGACAUGAGAACACUGAAAGAUUAUUUUUUGCUAAGUGUGAUUUUUGUUGUAUGUUAUAACUUGAUAUUUCAGCUGUUUCCAUUAUGGCCUCACUGAUCUAUUUUUGACAGUUUGGCAGCUUUCUGUAAGUAUUCAGUCCAUCAACCAGUGUAAGAGGAUGGUCAGUUUUCUAUUGCGUCAAAUUGAAAACUCUUAACAAGCAGAGCACCACAGUUGAACACCACUCUGUUUCAUCCUCAGACAGAAUUUGCUAAAUGCAGUUCAGAGGCAAUCAAUACAUUGUGCAGAGAGUUUUUUCCCCACCUUUUUCUAAACAAACGCAUUAUUGAGGAGUUAGUUUAUUCACAGAUUGCCAUGAGCGUUAAUGACCACCCGAGUCUUGUUCUGCCAGUCACCUAGAUGGCUGUUGAUAAAGAUUUAGCAUCAUGUUCUAAGUGUCAGGCCUGUCAGUAGUGCUGAACCAUUUGACCAGAAGAAAAAACGCACAGGGAGCUAUUGAUUACAGCUUCUCAGUGUCACUUGUUCACCAGGAUUUAGGUAUUGAUGAGGCUGCGAGUGAAAACAAGCUCUUUCCCUUGUGGGCCUCUACCCAGAAGAACAAAAGCAAAGUUGGAGAAAAUAUUCAACUGGAACCUGAAUCAGAGGGAUUCCGUUAUUGAUUGAAAGGCCCCUUCAUGUUGUUUUUGUUGGAGACAAAUCUAUGGGUUUGGAAGUUUUAUAGCAUUUGAGAUAGGGUCUGUGUAAGUGAUGGAUUCAUGUAUUGGAUGAAUUAGAUUUCACAGCAUGAAGAUUUCAAUGGAGCUCUAAUGUUAUGAACUGCUUGGUUAUUGAUAAAAAUUACAUUACAUGUAGCUGAGGUUUUAAAGCAGAGGAUUGGGAUAGUAUUCCUUCCAAAAUGUCCUUAGGGCUCUAAUAAAUUUUAGCAGGUUUAAUUAUUUCAGUAGUCUGAAAGUUGUCACCACAAUUAAACCAAACUGAAGUGAUAUUCAAUAUUUUUAAAUUACCGGGUGAUUGAAAUGCAUUUUCUUUAAUUAUUUCCAAUGCUGUGUAGAAUGAUGCAUACGCACACGGUACAUAACAAACAAAUCAUAUGCACAUCAUACAUUAUGACAAACAUGGCAUAAAUUAUCUUAUUUCUGCAACCAUGGACAAAAUUUUAUUUAUUUUGCACCUUUGAUGUCAUCACUUGCACUUUGCCUGUUAAUCUGUGCCAGUACCACUUCUGGUUCCCAGCAGCGGUAAUCUUUUAAAUAAAAAGAACCUGGCAUCAAAACACUUUCUCACCCUAUCCUCCUAACUCAAGCAACACCCCAAAAAAGAGGGAUCAGAUUAAAAGCAGGAAUCAAGUUACACUUGCUAUAAUCUGUUUUGGACUAGUGCCAAGGUUCUAAUUCCUAGCUCCCCUCAGAGAUAGGAACAGAAGGUGAAUCCCACUGGAAAUGUGAGAUGCCCGGAUUUCCUCUUGCAUAUAAAGCAUCUGGGUGAGAUUUGCAUGGUACAGCAGCGUGUUAGUGGUGAGCCAUCAGGGAUCCAGUUUCACUCUAUAGAAUGAUCUGUGCCAGCCCCAGGGUGAAUUACAGCAGCCUAUGGACUGCUUUAACUUGUGCCAGCUGGCUGUGGUCCCCAAAGGAUCAUAUUUCAGCUGAGAAUUGGUGGCAUGUCCUUUUCCACCUGAAUUCGCACUGUACUUCAGGGGGAAGUUGGCAUAGGAGUGGACUUUGCACCAGCAGAGCAGUGUGCCUCUCCCUCUUUCUCUGAGGGAAAUCUCAGCUGGCCAGCUACAGACAGUCUCACUAUUUCGUACCACCUGAGUAGCACAAAAGAGCUGAAUCAGGAGGAGUGUGUUUGGCCCUUUAGGUUUGCAAGGUAUAUGACCUUAGCAUCAGAACACCCUGAUUUAUAGAAAAGCUAAUUUAAAUAUCUUUGCAUUUUUUACAGUUUAUUAUUGCUGUUUAUACUGUCACUCCAAGACCUGUAGGUAGUAACUAAUAUAGAUUUUAUGGAUGGAAAGAUAUCAAAAAGAAUAUCAAUAAUUUAAAAAAUAACUUAAAGUGUGACUUAACCAGAACACAUGAUGGUGUGGUGAUGUAUAAAAAUGUUAUUGAUGCUCACUGGAAAUGUCCUGCAUAAUUCACUUGUGGCGUUGCCAGUUGUGAAUAAGAUCUGUCACAUUUUUAUACCACCAUGUACUACAUAUUGUCUACAUCUAAGUUUUAAAAAAUAAUUUAACAACCUAUAUAAUAUCCAUUACCCUAGCUCCUUUCCAUCAUCAGCUUUUUUUAAUCCAUUUGCCUUCCAUUUCUGUUCAAGGGCUUGAUCCUGCAAAGUGCUGAAUGUUGAGGGCAAUUAGCACCCUGCAGCUUUGAGAUCCAAGUUCAUAUUCUUAUUUCUAGAGUACUUAAAUAAGCAUAGUUUGAGCCUUAUAAAGGAAAAACUGCAAAGUGGAAUAGAAAAUGAAUCAGUGUAAUGUUUUGCAUCUAUUCAUACAGAUUAAGAAAGCUAUACCAAAUAAUCUUGAAUCUAAAAUGUUCAGCAUCUUGAAAGAUGCACUUUUUAGUACCUCAUUUCCUUUCACAGUUGCAUCACUGCAUUUGAAAUACUAUACCGUUACUAAAACAAAUGUUGUAAGAUUAAAGAUGAUGUACUGAAUUUUUAUGAUGUGCAUUUCAAGGAUGAUAAAUAAACACCAGUAAUAAAAAAACA